AUGUCGGCUGGGCCCGACCCGACCCCACCCCCGUGUGAGAACAGGGGUCCUUCCGGAGCGGGCUCUCCCCCGGCCGCGGCUCACGGGCCUCCCGUCUCUCAGAUCUCGUACCUGGGCUACCUGCUGCUGUUCAACUACAUCAUCCUGGUGCGCAUGGAGCGCUGGCCCUGCCUGCAGGAGUGGGUGGUCAUCGCCUACAUCGUGACCCUGGCCCUGGAGAAGGUCCGCGAGAUCCUCAUGUCGGAACCCGGCAAACUCAGCCAGAAGGUGAAGGUGUGGCUCCAGGAGUACUGGAACAUCACGGACCUCGUGGCCAUCGCUGUGUUCCUGGUCGGGGCCGUCCUGCGCCUGCAGAAGCAGCCGUACAUGGGCUACGGCCGCGUCAUCUACUGCGUGGACAUCAUCUUCUGGUACAUCCGCGUCCUCGACAUCUUCGGGGUCAACAAGUACCUGGGGCCCUACGUGAUGAUGAUCGGGAAGAUGAUGAUUGACAUGCUGUACUUCGUGGUCAUCAUGCUGGUUGUGCUGAUGAGCUUCGGCGUGGCCCGCCAGGCCAUCCUGCACCCGGACGAGGAGCCCUCCUGGAGGCUGGCCCGGAACAUCUUCUACAUGCCCUACUGGAUGAUCUACGGGGAGGUGUUUGCAGACCAGACAGACCGUAAGACUAGAAUUCAUAUCUACGCCAUGGAAAUUAAUCCUCCUUGCGGCGACAACCAGUACGACGAGGAAGGCAGGCGGCUCCCGCCCUGCAUCCCGGGCGCCUGGCUGACCCCGGCCAUCAUGGCCUGCUACCUGCUGGUGGCCAACAUCCUGCUGGUCAACCUGCUCAUCGCUGUGUUCAACAACACCUUCUUUGAAGUGAAGUCCAUCUCCAACCAGGUGUGGAAGUUCCAGCGGUACCAGCUCAUCAUGACGUUCCAUGACCGGCCGGUCCUGCCCCCGCCCAUGAUCGUCCUGAGCCACAUCUACAUCAUCGCCAUGCGGCUCAGCGGCCGCUGCAGGAAGAAGCGAGAAGGGGACCAGGACGAGCAGGACCGCGGACUGAAGCUGUUCCUCAGCGAGGAGGAGCUGAAGCGGCUGCACGAGUUCGAGGCGCAGUGUGUGCAGGAGCACUUCCAGGAGAAGGAGGACGAGCAGCAGUCGUCCAGCGACGAGCGCAUCCGCGUCACCUGCGACAGGGUGGAGAACAUGUCCAUGCGGCUGGAGGAGAUGAACGAGCGCGAGGGCUUCAUGAAGACGACGCUGCAGACGCUGGACCUGCGGCUCUCGCAGCUGGAAGAGCUGUCGGGCCGGGUGGCGAGCGCCCUGGAGACGCUGGCGGGGGUGGACCGGUUCCGCUUCCACUUCCCCGCGGACGAGCUGGGCGAGGCCUCCCUCCCCAGGCCCCCGGGCUCGGGGUUGGGCCAGAAGAAGGCCUGCUCCUUCCGUGGGAAGGGAGAAAGGGACCCCCAGAGGCACCUGGUCCCGGGCAGGCAGGGCAGCCUCCGCCUCCUCCCAGGCAGGAGCGCCCCAGCCACCCCCGGGGGCAGUCGACUCACGUUGGACAACAUCCAGGACCCAUCGGAGUCGAAAUCGGGCCCAGAAAUUGGGGUUCCUGGAGACGAAAGGCCCACGGACUCGGAAAGGGAGAGGGAAGAAACCAAGUCCCCCAGUGUCACCCCCACAGCGGCCCCGCCUGCAGGGAAGAAAUCAGAUUCGCAAGACGCGCAGCUCACAACGGCGGGAACAGCACGGGGGGAAGGGGCUGUGUCCGGCCCCCCGGGAGACACGGAAAGGCCACGCUACGACCCGGACCAGGCCUUCCAUGCCUGUCGAACCCUGGAAUCCACGAGUUUUGUGUAUUCCCACGGGAGGAAGCUGGUCGGCGGGGUUCACCGGUGGGGCGCGGAGGACGGGUCCCUCCUGGAUCAGGCGUGGACCGCGGAGUGGAAAUACCAAGUUCAGAGGAUCACACGGUCCCGCAGCACCGACAUCCCCGCCUACGUGGUGUCAGAAGCCGCCAGGCAGGCGGAGCAGAAGGACCCAUCGACAGACACCGAGGAGGAGGCUCACGGCGCUUCCAGAGGGGUCCCCUGGACCCCUCGCCUGUCCCUGGCGGUGACCGAGAGAGCGGAAAAGGGGAACCUGCUGGCGGUGAAAGCAGACCAGGCGUCGGGGUUCCCGUCGUUAAGGUCGAAGAGUCUAUACAGCUGCCCCAGGAGGGCUGCGGGCGUGCAGGGUGGGCUAGACACACCCGGGCAUGCCAGCAGCGUGGGGAGCCUCAUCGCCACACCUGGAAUGGAAACGGAGGCCCAGCCAGAGAAAACUUCCGCCGAAACGGAGUGCUGAUGCGCUCGGCUUCUCCGGGUUUUGACAUCAAAGCCGCAGAGGACCACCAUCCUCUUGGCCGUCGAGACGUCAUCAGGUUAUGAAAACGUUUGCAUGAAAGAUAUUCGGCAACGUGGACGCGCGAUGGAAAUUUCAGGCACGGCGCUUCUCAAAGCGGCGGUGCGACGAGUUCUGUGGAUUCCCUGUGUCCUCCCCAAAUUCCUACGUUGGAACCCUGACCCCAACGUGACUAUAUCUGGAGACACGGCUGUGAAGAGGUCAUUAAGGAUAGACGAGGUCAUAAAGGACUGGUGCCCUGAUAAGAAGACACCAGAGCCCGGCCGGUGUGGCUCAGUGGUUGAGCGUCGACCUAGGAACCAG